AUGUAUGGUUUCAUCCCAGCGGCAGCGCUGGCGUUUGUCAAGCAGCUGCCCAACAGCGAAGAUCUCCUGGACAAAAUCAGCCGCCGCCUCGACGGCAACAUCAACACAAACUUCUACACCCAGUAUGACGACAAAGAGACGCUCCUGGUUCUCAACACGGUGGCUGCGGUCACCAACCUGUCGUUGGAAGACCUGCUGGCCAACAUGGGCACGGUUCAGCUCGAGCAGUUUGAGGAGAAGGGCUAUGGACCCUUGAUCAGAAGCCUCGGGUCGACCAUGUUUGAGUUUCUGGAGCACCUCGACAGCCUGCACCUGAACCUGGUCCACUCGUAUCCGAACAUGAAGGCGCCCAGCUUCCGCCCCGAGCGCCUGCCAGACGGGCGCGUGCUGCUGCACUACUACUCGAGCCGCCCGGGCCUGUGGCCAUAUGCAACCGCGCUCCUCUCACGCAUCGGCCACGAGAUCUACGGGCAGACAGUGCACUUUGAGCACGUGCAGAAGAAGGAGCAGGGCCACGACCACGACAUCUUCGAGGUGGUGUCCGCGACGGGCGUCGAGCGGCCACAGACCAAGCACGAGACGGCGAGCAAGGAGCUGCUCACCUGCGACGCAACCACAACGGAGUUUGACGAGCUCUUCCCCUGGCACCUGCAGGUCGACUCGGACCUGCGUGUGAUCAGCAUGGGCAGCUCGCUCGCUCUCCGCUUCAACGAGGAGGAGCUGAAGAAGCAGAAGCGGCUCAUGGACGUGGUCACCGUGACCCGCCCAAACCACGUGCUCAACGACUUUGAGCACCUGAAGCAGUUUGACCGCACCGCAGUGAUGCUGAUGGUGCGGGACGAGUGGUACUCCCAGAUCAAGGAGCAGAAGCUCGACGAGAAGAAGAAGGCCCAGCUCAUGCGCGCAGGCAGCAGCCUCUUCAACGUCGAUGCGCACGCCAACACACCCGCCGGGAGCGCCAUGUCGGCCGCGUUUCUCAACGACCAGUUCAUCUCUGCAACGGCAGACUUUCUUUACCUGCAGGGCGAGUUUAGGUACAACCCACGCGACAACACGCUGCUGUUUGUGGGCGUGCCCUCUGCGCAGACACCGGAGGAGCUGUACAAGUGCGGACUCGGUCUGCCCGACAUCCCCAUCCACUCCAACGGACGCGAGAUGCUGUUCAACAACGUCCACCAGUCGGCCACGGUUGGGGUCGCUGCGCAACUGGAGCAGGUGACGCAGGACCUGGAGAAGGCGAAACGCGAGCUUGGCCUCGAGAAGAAGAAGGUCCACGAGCUCCUCUCAAGCAUCCUCCCGCAGACUGUGAUUCAGUACCUUGCAAACGGCGAGGAGGCCCCCGCUGAGCGGUUUGGAAACGUCAGCAUCCUUUUCUCCGACAUUGUCGGCUUCACCAAGAUCUCCAGUGCCGUGCGCCCAACGCAGGUCAUGGACAUGCUCAACAGCCUCUUCCUCCGCUUCGACCAGCUCUGCGACAAGCACGGCGUCUACAAAGUCGAGACCAUCGGCGACGCCUACAUGGUUGCGUCUGGUCUUCCAGAAACGACUCCCGACCACGCAGAGCGCCUCUGCCGGUUUGCGAUUGACAUGCUACGUGCGAGCCGGGAGGUGCUGUCGCCCGUUGAUGGCGCCCCAAUAAGGAUGCGCAUUGGCAUGCACAGCGGCUCUGUCAUGGCGGGAGUCGUCGGACAGACGCGUCCUCGCUACUGUCUCUUUGGCGAUGCGGUUGCUGUUGCGGCGCAGAUGGAGAGCGCUGGCGUACCGUCGUGCAUCCAGAUCAGCGCGUCGAUGAUGAGCGAGCUGCGUGCCGGCAAUGCGACGGUGCAGUCCCGCCCGCGCGGCGAGGUCGAGUUGAAAGGCCGCGGUCUCAUGCAGACGUUCAUCCUUGUUGGCAUGGAGAAGGUUGACCCGCUGCUGCUGCCGCCAGAUGACGAGGUGGGCGUCGGUAAGAAGAUUGUCGCGUCAGGCGGGAAGGAGGCACUGUUGUCGAUGAGCAAUGGUGCAGAUACACACUCCGUUUCGUCGUCGGCCCCGCGACGAGACAGCAUCGCGCUGCCGCUCGCAUUGCAGAUGCUGCAGCCGCAACACCCGCAGUCACCACCCGAGCCUGUGAUGUACAUGGUGCGGGUGCAGGCACGGCAUGGCGAGACGACAACCCUUCUCGGUGUCCAGGAGUCGAUGACGCUUGGUGACGUCGCCGCAACCGCAAUGCAGGAGCUCGGGCUGCCGGCGACGCGACUGAGCGUGUUUGCGGACGAGGCCCGCGGGAAGAUGCUGCUGCUGUGCCAGCCGCUCGGCACAGCUGUCCGGAGUGGCGUUGUUGCGACACUGACGGAGAAGACGGGUGGCGGUGAUGGUCCCGAUGGCGAUGAGAGCAUGGAGUUUGUCGAGCUGUUCCUUCGCUAG